AUGCCCUGCGUCCGCACCGUCCUCUGCCUCCUGGCGGCUCUGGCUGCCGGUGGCGCCGUCGCCUUCUUUGGCUACUGUGUGUACUUCGACCGGAAACGGCGUGGAGACCCCGCGUUCAGGCGCCACCUGCGGGACAAAAGAAGAGCCCAGCACCAGAAGGCAGAGGGACUGGGCGCCCAGUUAUGGGAUCCAGCAAAGAAUGAAAAAUUGCAAGAACUUUUUCUGCAAGAGGUACAAAUGGGAGAACUUUGGUUAUCCAGAGGAGACCAUCGAUUGGGGGUUGAACAUCUCAGCAAUGCCCUUUUAGUGUGUGGACAACCAGAGGAACUUCUGAAGGUUUUCAAACACACACUCCCUCCUAAGGUAUUUGAGAUGCUGUUGCACAAAAUUCCCCUUAUUUGCCAGCAAUUUGAGACAGACAUGAAUGAACAGGAAUACUUGGAGGAUGAUCGUGAUUGA